UUUUCUCUAUAAAAAUAAGGAUUCUGUCAAAUCAGUUUCCACUACAAUAAAAUUACUCCCCCUGACUCAAAAUUUCCGUAUAGUCAACCAUUUGUUUUUGGGACCAAACAAUGACAACAAGUGCAAACUUUGCCGAGAUGGACGACAGUGAACUGCCCAAAUUGGAGCCGAUCAUUAGCGCAUUGAAGUGCGAGCAGACGGGUCACAUCAUGGAGGCGAUUCUGCUCUACGAGGAGAGCAUCUUCAAGUUGUCCCAAAUGGCCGAGGCGGAUCCGAAUCGCCGGCAGCUGUGUGGGAAGUACUUGAAGAUGUACGAGGCGCGGGCCAAGCAGCUGAGGGAUCAGGUCAAGAGUCACUUGCACACCAGUCGAAUGCUGGAGCACAUCACCAUCGAACGGGGUGCAAGGGGCAGGAGCUACCAGCGGCUGUUUGGCGCGUACUUGGACGAUGGUGUCCGGGAGGCCCAUCUCAACGAGCCGCAUCUCACGGAGCCGCAUCACUUCAGGAAUCUGAUCAACUUUUUGGAGGUGCUGGUCAAAAACUGUCGCUAUCUAAAGUACAUUCGUUUGACCACGAGACCAGAUUCGGUGGCGCCCAAAAAUCAAUUGCAGAUCCUGCAACAAAUCAAGAGUGACCUGGCUAGUGGCAAUAUCCAAAUGAAUUUCCAGUUGGACGACAGCCUGCAUGAUCGUAAGAUCGUACUCAGCUCGGGAUUAGUCAUAAAGGUCGGAAGAGGUCUCCACUACUUUGAACCAACAGAGGAUUCUUUCAGCCUGGGACUUUGUGAUUUCGAUUUUCGCAAGUGUCUGGCCACCGAAGUCGACAUUUGGAAGUGCCGGGCUUUUGCCAAGCGGCUGAAGGAGGCGCCGGAGGAAGAGUACCAGGCUGCAAAGGAGGCUCGACCGGAUCCACAUGCCUACUCCAGCGAUUAGCAAGAGUGAGAGUGGGAAUUGCACACGGUCGGUUGGAAUUGGGUCAGCCGCCUUAUCAAAUCAAUACUAGAAAUUAAUAAAAGCAGCAGUUCGUUAA